CUCAUCUCACAAAAUUCAAGUACAAUGAUAGAAAUGAUACAAAAUAAUACUUAUUCCAUACUUGAUACUUUUGAAGUUAACCCCAUGAUGCCACUCUACUUCAUUCUCCCUAUCAUCAUCUUCUUCUUCAUUUUAUCAAGAUUAAACAAGAAAAACUUUCCACCAGGUCCUAAAGGGUGGCCUAUAAUAGGUAACAUGAUGAUGAUGGAUCAAUUGACACAUUGUGGCCUAACAAAAUUAGCACAAAAAUAUGGUGGCAUUUUACAUCUUCAAAUGGGAUAUCUACAUAUGACGGUAGUGUCAAGUCCAUCUGAGGCCCGUCAGGUGUUGCAGUUGCAAGAUACUGUAUUUGCUAAUCGUCCUGCAACUAUAGCCGUGAAAUACUUAUCGUAUGAUCGUGCUGAUAUGGCUUUUGCUAAUUAUGGACCCUUCUGGCGUCAGAUGAGAAAAUUAUGUGUGAUGAAGCUUUUUAGUCGCAAAAGGGCUGAAUCUUGGGACUCGGUUCGUGAUGAAGUUGAUUCCAUGACAAGGGUUGUUGCAACUAGCUCUGGAUUAAGUGUCAAUAUUGGUGAGCUUGUCUUUGGAGUUGCAAAGAACAUUAUCUAUAGAGCGGCUUUUGGAACAUGCUCUAACCAAGGACAAGAUGAGUUACUAAAAAUCAUGCAGGAAUUUUCGAAGCUAUUUGGUGCAUUCAACUUAGCAGAUUUUAUACCUUGGCUCAGAUGGGCUGAUCCACAAGGGUUAAAUACAAGGAUUGUAAAAGCCAGGGCAUCAUUGGAUGGUUUCAUCGAUACAAUAAUUGAUGAUCAUAUACAAAGAAAAAAGGUUAAGAAUUAUAACGAUGAAAGUGAUAAUACUGAUAUGGUGGAUGAGCUCUUGGCAUUUUAUGGUGAAGAAACAAAAUUGAAUGACUCUGAUGAUUUGCAAAAUGCUCUUAGGCUUACAAGGGAUAAUAUUAAAUCCAUUAUCAUGGAUGUCAUGUUUGGCGGCACGGAGACCGUAGCAUCUGCCGUAGAAUGGGCCAUGGCUGAGCUAAUGGCAAGCCCAGAGGAUCUCAAAAUGGUACAACAAGAAUUAGCCAAUGUUGUUGGCCUCCAUAGAAAAGUAGAAGAAAUUGAUAUUGAAAAUUUAACCUUCUUGAAAUGUUGUAUAAAAGAAACUCUUCGUCUUCACCCACCGAUUCCUCUCUUAAUCCAUGAGGCCACGGAGGAUGCCACCAUCAACGACCACUAUAUACCAGCUAAAUCGCGUGUUAUUGUGAAUGCAUGGGCAAUUGGACGUGACAAAAACUCAUGGGAAGAUUCUGAGAGUUUUAUACCUUCUAGGUUUUUGAAGGAAGGUGUAGCUGAUUUUAGAGGUGGCAACUUUGAGUUUUUACCAUUUGGGUCGGGUAGAAGAUCUUGCCCAGGUAUGCAAUUGGGGUUGUAUACAUUUGAGAUGAUAUUGGCACGUCUUCUUCAUUGCUUCAAUUGGGAAUUACCAGAUGGAAUGAAGCCAAGUGAAGUUGAUAUGAAUGAUGUUUUUGGACUCACUGUUCCUAAAGCUACAAGACUUGUGGCUGUGCCAACUCCACGUUUGUUCUGUCCACUUUAUUGAUUCAACUUAUAAAAAUAAAAAGUAUGGUCAUGGAAAUAAAUUCUUGAAUGAGUUGACAGUUGGAAUA